GAAGUGCUCGAGUAACUAUCGUUGCACAUAACUGCUUAGGAAGGAAUUGGUCUCAUAAGGUGUGUUACUUUGAUUAAGGUUAAUUUUACCCAGUGCUGGAAUGUAAUUCGAUAUUUCAAUCGAUUUCGGCUCAAUCAUUUUCAUCCAUUGCGCAUUAAAGCACCGUGCGCGUUAAAACUGAACAGUUAAAGAUUCUAAAAUUUUGAAGUAACUUAGAGCUUCUACGGAUCCUGAAAAUUUUAAGGAAUUGUGUGCUUAUUCCUUCCAUAAAGUGUGAUCAUAACUGGAAGAUUCUAAAACAAGAGAAAUUUGUGUAUAGAUCCAGUAGUAUUAGGCAUAAGGUGGAUUCAAAGAUUCGUGGGUGGCCGUCCGCCCCACGCACCCAAGCAUCCACCAUCGGGAUCCUCAUGGAGAACGUGGACCUGGUGAACCGCCAGUUCCUCCACCUGGACAUGGACUACGAUUCCCCACCUUACCAGCACUCGGACCAGGAGAACGUGCGGCAUCGACGCCGUCGUCGCAAGUGCGUCCAGCAGCAAGUCCAGCAGCGGCAGGCAGCCAAUCUGAGGGAGCGUCGUCGCAUGCAGUCCAUCAACGAUGCCUUCGAAGGCCUGCGGGCCCACAUCCCAACCCUGCCCUACGAAAAGAGACUCUCAAAGGUGGACACCCUCAGGCUGGCCAUCGGAUAUAUCAGCUUCCUCAGCGAGCUUGUCAAUUCGGGGAGGCAUCCUGCCGAUCCUCUACAGAGCCAGGCUGCAGAACAACCCAAGAAAGUCAUCAUACAGUGUACGAGAGGUGCUCCAGGUGGUUAUGUGCCUCUAGCUGGUCACUCUCUCUCGUGGUCAAGUGAGAAGCCGAGCCUACAGAACGGAAACGUCAUGGUGGCGAAAGUGUGGACGCCCGAAGAUCCGAGGCGUCACAAAUCAGAAAACAGCUCGUCCCUCGGCUCUUCGUAAGAAAGCCAAUGACAGUACAAAAAUGUUCUCAAAGAAAAACUAGUCAGAAUUGAGUGACUUCAGUUAUGUGAUUAUGAUGCACGUGCUUGCCGUGAAGAACUUUGUUCUUCAGACGCAGAUGGCUCGAAAAUAUUCUUAGCUGCAUUCUGCAUCUGCUUUUGAAGAAAGAUGGCUUUUCUAUGGAUGUACAUAAAUAAAAAAAGCUCUGCGAACAUUUAUGAAUAAAGGAUCUACUUACGUUUUUGUAUAGUUUAGACACUGUGAAUUCUUCUCACGCUUUGCUUGCGUGGAGUAGUAAUUUGUUGAAGGCUCACUGUUAUGUAAUAGGUUAAAAUAAUAAUACUAUUGCUAAAAAUCA